GUUUCAUACCGCAACUCCGCAACGUCGAAUUCAGAGCAGCUGGUGACCGUUGUUUUUCAGCAGCCUCUACUCUUCUGUAUCCUCUCCGGCAACAGAAAGCUAAAAAAGAUCAAGCCAUCAACUUGACCGAAAAAAGUUGCUUCGAAGAAACUUAAAACCAUGCCACAAGAGCUUCCUGGGUUCUACUAUGACGCCGAGAAGAACAGAUAUUUCCCUCUCAAAGGCCCAAUCCCCGGUUCUUCCCGUGCCUCUUCCUCUUCCUCUUCUUCUUCGUAUGCUGCUGAUCGUAAAAACCCUAAACAGAAUACUUCUCAGGCAGACAAAUAUUGCAGGACUCGAGUAAAAACUCAUAGAUUGCUUCAGGGCAGGGAGUUGAAUGGCAAUGUGGUUUCUGUUAGUAAAUCAAAGUACAAUUUUGUCCAAGAAUACCAGAAGGCACAAGCUUCUCAACCGGUGGUUUGGAGGUAUCAAGAGCCUGGCGAGUUGGCGUGUGAUGGUGGUUUGGAUCAGACAAGUUUUUGCAUACAGAAACCCGAUGGUCAAGUUAAUAUGGACAUUCUAGUGGCAGGAGGUAUAAAUGGCUGCUUGAGGGUGACAACUCUUGGGUCUGAAACAUCAAACAGCACUGUUUGUCUUCUUAAAUUCAUGGAGCUAGAAGAAUAUGGUGUUGCUCCUUCUCGAAUUGCUUCUAUGAGCUGCACUAUCUGGACAGCAGAUUGCAACUCUAAUGCUAGAGAAGCAGUGAUAGGCAACUCUUACAACUCUUUCCUCCCGUACUGCCACACCAAAUGUUGUUUCAGGACAAAUUUAGGAGCCGCUUUGGUCAAUUUAGAAACAGGAAUCAUAUCAUGGUUGUGCCGAAGUAAAAGUGAUGUUUUGUCCCAGCAGCUUAAUAAGGCGGGAAAUGUCGUUCUAUGUGGACUGCGAAAUGGGGCAAUCUUGUCAGUUGAUACUCGUGAGAAACAAGGUCAUUCUGGUAGACGCAGUCAUAGGGUACAGUCUAUACCAUUGGGCAAUCGUGCUCAACAUCGUGCAUCAUGGUUUAGGGUUGAGGGGAAUAUAGAUCCAGCUACUACGGUUUGCAUGCCCUCAUCUGUUUGCAGUUUAGUCUCACUUCAGCUUUACGACCAAUAUUUCUUGGCCAGUUCGAUGGAUGGAGCGAUCAAGUUAUACGAUCAUCGCUUGACCAACAGAGGUGCUGUACAGGUAUAUGAAGGCCAUGUGAACUCUCAUACACGAUUACAGCUCAAAGUCGACCCCUCUGAGAGGUUUCUUAUGGCAGGUGGAGAGGACUGUCAUCUACGUCUUUGGAGUGUCAAGUCUGGUAAGCUGCUCUUUGAUGAAAAAGUAUCUGAUGCAGUCCCCUCAACUGUGUGUUGGCAGAAAGGCAAGCUAGCUCAUUUUUAUUUUUACUGGCUAUUGGAGGCAGCAACAACAUCGUCCGGUGACAGUAAAUCCGUCGAAGAAUGUUCAUUUGGUGUAAGCCCUAGUUUCAGGGCAUGGUGUGGAUCUAGAGAUGGUCUCAUCUACACUUGUUGGCCUUGAGACAACACCCCAAAGCAAUGAUAUGCCUUCUUGAAAAUAACUUUGCACAUACAGAAAGCCUCGAUCAUAGUAAGUUUUUGCUGUACAUGUGGUGGUUAUGGUACAUGUAGGAUGCAAGUUCUUUUUACCUUUUGUGAUGUAGCUUAUAGGCUACAACUACAGAUAUAGGCGAUACAGCAAGUUAACAACUACGAACACAGUUACCUUGUAAGAAUCUGUUAGGGGAUCCUUUGCCUCAUAAAUUUUGCAACUGAUGAUGAUGGUCUUUGUAUGUUGUGUAAAUGGGGGCAUACCGAGGGCAGGUGUCAUGGUGUCGUGGAACUGCACGACGAGGUUUUGCUUGCUGGGAAGGGUUGGCCGUCGGAUGCUCCUCUCCUGCAUUUUGCCCUCUUUUGGUAAAGUAAGAAAAAGCAACGACACACACUAUACUAGCAUUGGCCUUUUCCUUUCGCUGGAGGAGACAGGUUAAAGUUUCUGAAGCUUUUCUUGGUCUUUGAGAGUGACUAGGACUAGUCUAGUUAGUCUUUUGAAGGCACAGUAUGCUACUGUGGAGAG